UAUACCCGAAAUAAGGCCUUACUUGAUUUUUUGACAAGAAAAGCCCAACAUUGGCCCAUUGAAUGAGGUGUACAAAACCACAAAAUCGCCGUUGAGCCAGAGCUAGGGUUUCUACUUGCAAGGUUAGCUUCUUCAGGCAAACAUGGGGAAGACACAUGGAAUGGGAGCGGGUCGUAAGCUGAAGUCCCACCGCAGAAGGCAAAGGUGGGCCGACAAGUCGUACAAGAAAUCUCACCUUGGUAACGAAUGGAAGAAGCCAUUUGCUGGUUCUUCUCAUGCUAAGGGCAUCGUCCUUGAAAAGAUUGGUAUUGAGGCCAAACAGCCUAACUCUGCUAUCCGAAAGUGUGCUAGAGUUCAACUAAUCAAGAACGGAAAGAAGAUUGCAGCUUUUGUUCCCAAUGAUGGUUGCUUAAACUACAUCGAAGAAAACGAUGAGGUGUUGAUUGCGGGAUUUGGAAGGAAAGGGCAUGCUGUGGGAGAUAUUCCCGGAGUCAGGUUUAAGGUUGUGAAGGUUUCCGGUGUGUCUCUUUUGGCUCUCUUUAAGGAGAAGAAAGAGAAGCCUAGAUCUUAAGUUUAUCUAGCUAGUUGUUUAUCUAGUACUUUUGAUUCUGGACACCAAUCUCUUUAAGACGUCAAAUGUUACUGUUUUCUGUUUAGACUGUGUUUCAAUGGCUACUCAGUUUCAUAUUUUACCUAUUACUUUAUAUGCCAAUCAUGACUCAGUGUUCAAGAA